AUGCCCUUAGGCACGGCCAUACAUAACAUAGAAAUCACACUUGGAAAGGGUGGACAAUUAGCUAGAGCAGCAGGUGCUGUAGCGAAACUGAUUGCAAAAGAGGGGAAAUCGGCCACAUUAAAAUUACCUUCUGGGGAGGUCCGUUUGAUACCCAAAAACUGCUCAGCAACAGUCGGACAAGUGGGGAAUGUUGGGGUGAACCAGAAAAGUUUGGGUAGAGCCGGAUCUAAACGUUGGCUAGGUAAGCGUCCUGUAGUAAGAGGAGUAGUUAUGAACCCUGUAGACCAUCCCCAUGGGGGUGGUGAAGGGAGGGCCCCAAUUGGUAGAAAAAAACCCUCAACCCCUUGGGGUUAUCCUGCACUUGGCAGAAGAAGUAGAAAAAGGAAUAAAUAUAGCGAUAAUUUGAUUCUUCGUCGCCGUAGUAAAUAGGAGAGAAAAUAGAAUUUGUUUCUUCGUCUUUAUAAUAUAAAAAAAAAUAGGAGUAAUUAAUUGUGGCACGUUCACUAAAAAAAAAUCCUUUUGUAGCCAAUCAUUUAUUAAGAAAAAUGAAUAUGCUUAACACAAAAGCGGAAAAAGAAAUAAUAGUAACUUGGUCCCGAGCGUCUACCAUUAUACCUACAAUGAUCGGGCAUACUAUUGCUGUUCAUAAUGGAAAAGAACAUUUGCCCAUUUAUAUAACAGAUCGUAUGGUAGGCCAUAAAUUGGGAGAAUUUGCACCCACUCUAAAUUUCCGGGGACAUGCAAAAAAUGAUAAUAGAUCUCGUCGUUAGUUAAUAUUUAGUUAAUAAAUAAUAAUAAUAAAAUGAAAUAUAGAUGCUUAUGGGCGAACGACGGGAAUUGAACCCGCGCAUGGUGGAUUCACAAUCCACUGCCUUGAUCCACUUGGCUACAUCCGCCCCUAUAUUAAAUAUUAAACAAAAUUUUUUUAGUUUAUUUGAAUAUAUUUCAAUUUUAGACAAGAUAAAAGAAAUUGAAACCUUUAUUUUUAUUUAAUAUCGAAAUAAUAAAAUAAAAAAGAGAAGGAUAAACUGAUAGAAAUGAAUAUAUUAAUUAUAAAAAUAUAUUGAAUCUUGAAGGAAAGAAAAAAACUUAUGUAACUAAAAAAAAAAAAAAAUACGAAAUAAUAAAA